UGCUGAAGGCGCCUCUGCUCGGACGUUGUUUGUUUCACCGGCUGCUUUCUCCUGACUGUCUCGCCCACCUAUGAUCAAUUAAAUAAGCGUUACUCAGCUGCUUUUCGAUUCAUUUGGUAGGCAUGACCUCGAUAAAAGAAAGAGCCGCGGCCCUGAACCUUGCAGAAAAGUUGUGUGUGCGUCCUCAAGCACAUGGAGUGGCCAGUAAACCAGUCCAGUCUUUCUCCAUGUGGAGUGGCCUCAUCUCCCAGCUCAGGUCCUCUGUGACAGUGAAGCGCAGACGAGUCCACCUCAAGUCUCACAAUGACUGUUUCCUCGGCUCAGAGGCUGCGGACGUGCUGGCAGAACACAUUAAUCGUGUCAGAGGCAUUGAGGGUGCUACUGUGUCACGGGGCAAAGUAGUGUGCGUGUGCCAGGCUCUGUUGGACUGUAAUGUGUUUGAGGCGGUGGGAACCAAAGUCUUUGGAAAAGACAAAAAGCAGGAUGCCUUUCAGGACAGCAAGAGUGCUCUUUACAGGUUUGUAGAUGUGUGUACUCCUUCAGUCGAUGAGUUGGAAAGAAGUGUGCUGGUGAAUGGGAUCCAAAACCUCUUCUGCAGUGCUAAUUCAGACAGGCAGGAAGAGCAGACACGUCCCACUGGGUUACAUGUUCAGAUGUCCACCCCUGUCCGAUUUACUCAGACAUCCAUAAAAGCCAACCAACCGGACACUCCUGCCAGUGCCAGGCUGUCACUGGAGCCUCUGGUGGACAGUCUGAGUCCCAGCAGAGUACAGACUGACACUGUUUUACCACAGUCAUUGGUAGAGGAGGUGUGGCAGGAGCAGACUCUGCUCAGGCUUUUAAACCUAGUGGAGCUCCCCAUGCUGGAAGGGGUGCUUCAGUGCAGCCAGACCCCAUCCUCUCCCCCUCCAUUAAACCUGCUGGCUCACAGUAACCCAGACCUGAUCUACAGCAGCAACCACCUGGAUAGACAGAUCCUCAAGGCCUUGAGGAACUCGCAGGAAGAUGAGUGGCUCUGUACAGCUCUGGACUGUCUGGACUUCCUCCCUGAUCAGCCAGUGGUAGAGCUGAGCAGGGAGCUGCCUCACUGUUUCCCACAAGAUCAGGACAGCUGUGAGCAAGUGUCAGCUGGUGGUAGUUCACAAGAUGGAGGGCAGUCUGGUGAGCAGCUUUGUCUCUCCCAGAGUGGUUUGGCCCAGUGUAAGCUGCUGCUGUACAGGACCCUGGUGAAACACUACAGCCACGCAGACAGACCUCCACUGCUGCCCCAGCACAUGACUGACAUCUACACAGCCAUCACUGACCUGCUGGUCAAUGCCAAGUUGGGCACAGCUCUUGAGGCUCUGCAGCUGUGUCUCAAGCUGCUGCCUCCCUCCUGCAGAGACGAGCUGCGCAGGCUGCUUACAUUCAUGGCUCUGGCAGGUGACCCGCAGGGGAUAAAGCUGGACAAGGAGAUGGAGAACAGACUGGCAGUGAAGAGGUCUUUCUCGAGGGCAAUCCUCCUCAGCAAGGCUCUUUCAAAGGAGAAAGAGGACCUGAUGGUGGUCUUCAUGCUCAGCAACAUAAAGGACAUUUUUAAGAUACCAGGGGCUCUGCACAAAGGCGUGAGUGACAAGCUGGCCAGCCUUGUACAGGGGAAGCAACCCGACGUGACGGGCUAUACAUUCUGUCAGCAGGUCUCCAGCAGGACUCACGCUGAUACUACAAAGAAGUCCACCAACCAGGAACUGUGGGCUCUGCUAAACAGCAUCCAGCUGGACACCAAGAUGUCUGCCAAGGAGAGAAAGCGCCUACUUGGACAGUUUUACCAAGCCCACCCAGAGAUAUUUAUCCAGUACUUUGGGGAAUCUGCUGUUCGAGUGCUAUAGAUUUAGCAUAUAGCAUAGGCUAUGUGUCUCUGAAAUCUUCUACAGCCGUUUUUGCCUUUUACAUUUUGGGUAAAUACUUGGUCAGUUAGACACAAGCUGACUGACUUCAAAGAAAUGUUUAUGACUGUCAGUAAAUCUUUGUGGAGGUAUGAUUACACUGUAUUUGUGUUAUUGAACAAAAUAAACAGUUAAUAUAUUCUU